UGCAAACUCCGUAUAUACAGGCGUUAGGGUCGGGAUCCUGACGAGGUAGUUAACAUCACGCCACCGUGGUGCCUGCACCUGGAGCCCAUGGGACAGAGGUGCCUAGGCGCUGUGCUACAAAGAGGCAUGGAUAAACUGGACAAGGGGUCCCCAUUUCAUGUAUCGCACCAAGACCCAUGUCAAGCACGCUACGCCACCGCGUGUGCGAUUGUAUGUUGCUCGUGCGUGCGUGUGCCACGUGACUGGCGACAGCAGAAAUGGAACGGGUGGUGGUGAGGAUCGGAGGAGGCCCGCCCUGGGGCUUCAGGCUGGGGGGCGGCAGAGAGGCACGGAGCCCGCUGCGGGUGCUGAAAGUGAGGAGGCACAGCCGGGCGUGGCGCGCGGGGCUUCGAGACGGAGACGAGCUGGUGCUCAUCAAUGGCUACCCGUGCCGUGACACGACACACGCCCAGGCCGGGCAGCUCAUGGAGGCGCGGGCCAGCGCCCUGCUGCUCGUCGUGUCCAGGCAAGCACGGUGCCACACACCUGCAGAAGAAGACAAAGACAAAGUUUUCCCAUUAACAUACUGUUGGGGCAAGUGCUGUUAG